AUGUCCGUCAAGCGCAGGAAGAGCAGUUGGUAGAUGGUAUUGCCCUAAUUUGAAAGGUUUUUCAGUUACUUACAAGCAUUUGGUUAGAAAAUAAAAUAAUAUAAUAAUAAUAAUAAUAAUAGUACAAGAUAAAGGAGGAAUAGCAGAUCCACAUAUUGAAUUCAAUCUUUCUUGGGAAAUUUCGUUUAUCUCGUAACUCAUGAGGGCGAUGAUGAAGAUGAUGGCCUGGUUUGUAUUAGUGGCUCCGAUGCUCAUCGCCAAUUCUUAUACACUCCCUGCUUUCCUCUGGUCUUCUCAUCAGUUCUCCAACAACAGAAUGGAUGAAACGGUGAAUUAUCAGACUAUUUCUUCAAGGGAUCUCGCCAGGACUAUUUUUUCUGAAGGGGGCUGGUCAAACCUACUGUGUGCAGAAAAGAAAGUCCAGCUGCCUGUGGAUCUGGCACUUGUUUUUGUUGGUAGAGAGCUGUUCACCUCAGACAUAUCCACAAGCAAAAGUGCUGACCCAGCUCUUGUGGACUUGCUCAAGGGUUUCUAUAGAAGAUCUAAUUUCUCCAUGGCAUUUCCAUAUGUUGCUGCAUCAGAGGAGACGGUGGAGAAUUCAUUGGUUUCAAGUUUUGCAGAAUCCUGUGGGAAGGAUUUAGGAGUCAGUAAUGUUGCCUUUUCAGAGUCAUGCUCUGUAGAGGGUGAUAACUUUAGAAAGCUUGCUGACGUGCAUGCAGUUCAGGACCAUUUAGUUUCAAGAAUGGAAAAGAGACAAAAUGGGCAAGCAGAUCUAGUCGUAUUCUGCCAUGGAGCUCAUUCUGCAAAAGGACUUGAGCAACCAGAAACAGAAAGUGAGGUUCUGUCCAAGCUCAUCAGUUCGGUUGAGAGACUUGGGGUAAACUAUGAAGUACUGUACGUUUCAGAUCCCUUUCGAUCACCGAUCCAGUAUCCUUCUCACAGAGAGCUGGAAAGGUUUCUCGCUGAAGGUACUGUUGGAAAUGGAUCACUCAAUUCCACAACCUGUGAUGAAGUUUGCCGGAUCAAAUCAUCUCUUCUGGAGGGAGUUCUAGUUGGGAUCGUUUUGCUUAUCAUCCUAAUAUCAGGCCUCUGCUGUAUGAUGGGCAUUGAUACUCCUACUAGAUUUGAAGCACCCCAAGACUCUUAAUUUUGUGGAAGAGAUUCUUUCUUUGUAAUUUUAUCUCUGGUCAGAGUGAAGGGAGAUGAGAUGUUGUCUCUGUCAUAUCUGCUCAAGGAGUUGUAUGAUGUUGGUCAAAUAAAGGCGUGUAUUACAUACUUCUAUACUUUAACUUUUGGUUUAAUUUUAUUGUAGAGUUCAUCUUA